AUGGCUUUUGGUGGGGUGGGGGAUAAAAGAGAAGGGCGGAGGGGUACUAAUUGGCUAGCGUGGGAGAAUAUGUGUAGUAAAAAGAAGGAAGGAGGUAUGGGGUUUCGGGACUUUAGGAGUUUUAAUUUAUCUUUACUUGGCAAAAAACUGUGGAGGUUCUUAACAAAUCCUAAUACUCUUUGUUGUAGAGUGUUUAAAGCAAAAUACUUUCCAAAUAGUGAUUUAUUUUUUGCCAAUGUAAGUAAUGGUGCUAGCUUUGUUUGGAAAAGUGUGAUGGCAUCAAAGGAGUUAAUUCGAAGGGGUACAAGGUGGAGGGUGGGUAAUGGAAAGAAGAUUUUAGUGGCUUCAGCUCCCUGGAUUCUUAAGGAGGAUACCUUUCUUGUGGAUGAUGGCCCCGAUUUUAUUGAACCACAUCUGCAUGUUUGUGAUUUUUUUGAAGGUAAUGGGAGGGUUUGGAACAUUGCUCUUUUAAUAGAGAUUUUUUCUUCAAGAGAUAUCAGGGCUAUUAUUAGUAUUUCUAUUAGUAUUACCAAUAAGGAAGAUUCUUUCUUGUGGUACUUUGAUAAAAGAGGUGUGUAUACGGUGAAGUCCGCAUACUUUGUGUGUAUGGACUUGCUAGGAAGAUCAUCUUUUAAUGUGGGAGGAUAA